UCUGGUACAGAGGGAGUAUGAUAUAAUGGAUUUUACAAGAACCAAAUCAUAUAUGGAAACAUCUAUGGUUAGUUUCAUCUUGAUUGACUCUCAUAAUCUUUAAAUAAAUAAAUACUUAAAUGAUUUAUAGGCAAGAUAGAGUAUGGUUUUCAGCAUAGAUUAUGUUAUCUUGAUCAAAUUCUUGGAUCAUAUUAUUAAUAUAUGAUUAAGGUUUUGAUGAGUAAUGGAUGUGGAACAGAACAUUUCGUUGACUUUGCUUGCAUGAUUUUGGAUUCAUCUGGCUGUGCAAGUUGGUUGAUUUCAAGGUGUCCAUUGCUUAUAUAUCAGGAAGUUCUGCUCUAUAAUUAUGCCACGUCUUAUUCUAUAAAUACCACGACUGUCAUAAUCCUGAUAGAAUUUUUUUACCCUGGUCAGUGGCUAUGUUUCCUAUCAAAACCUAGUGAAGGAAGGAGAUGCUAGAAGUGGAUUCAUUGAAAAUACUCUGAUUUUGAUUUUCGAACAUCAGAUGUGAUGCUACAAGUAGAUUUAUUGAAAAUGUCUCAAAACCUUUGCAAGUUUUAUGCCCAAAAAAUAGGCGAACUACAGUGAAGAGCAGAAGACAUAGAAAUGUCUCUUUUGUCAGCAACAGAAGUAAGAGGGAUUAGCUUCAUUGUAGAAAAAUAUACAUCCAGAUCAACUGGCUUAUUGUGCUUAUGGGACUUUCUUUCCAAGAGUUAACAAGAGAGAUAGAAGGUAGAAGGUAAUCACAAAUUAGUUUGAAAUUCCCACCACCUCUUUUUACUUCACUUGUCCAAAUGCCAAUGCUUCUUCGAAUGCAUCUUGUUUAACAAGAUAUCAGAUCCAAGAUUUUGUGGCUAUGUUGUUUUGUUGUUGUAACUUGUUCUAGAUUUGUUAAUCUCAGAUAGGGGAUUCGAUGACAAGUUCAAGGUCCUUGGCUUCAUCUGGAUUUUAUAUUUAUUACUGAAGAACAAAAAUAAGGUUGACCUAUAUCAAUUGCUGACUUACGUAAGAUCUCCCAUUCAAACAGACAUCAUUUCUUAUGUCGGGAAUGUUAUAUAUUGCUCAUCUCUUGGCUCUAUGAAAGACAAUGGAUCUGUGGUGUUCGCUUCAUUGUUGUUGCCUCAUCAUUCACAAUACUAGUGAUUUCUCAGUUUUAUCCUUAAACAUCUGGUCUAACUUCUCUUGUGACAUUCAUCUUGUGUUGCUCAUUCAGGAUGAGCAAUGCGUACCACUGUGAAUGAAUUCAGGUUUGUUUAUCCAAAAUUUCAUUUCCUGGCAAGUGCCUAUUUUGUGUCUGAGGGUACAUUGAUGGGUCUUCGUUAUUAGGCUCAACUGAUUUUUAUGUGUGGUUUAAGAUGAUAUAGUUUUUGCAUUUUCCAAUUAGGGGCCUUGGGUUGCUCUCUUAUGAUAAAGAGAUAUUAAGAAGAAUCUCUUUUGUUCCUCUCAUGCCUCUGCUCUAUUGACUUCAGACAGGUUUUAUGUCUUCCUAAAGUACUUAAAUCAUUUCAGAGCGUUCAUAGAUUAUUGAUGUGAUGCCACUAAGAAAGGGCUUGAAGCUUCAGAUCAUAAUGUUUACUAGACAUGGUUUUUGAAUAGAAUUAUUUGGAUCUUGGCUUAUGUGGUUCAGAUUUCGUACUUUCUUCCAACACAGAGUGUUAUUGAAUUCAUCCUUUAAUGCUCAUUGCCCGGAUAUGUUUGGGUUUUGUGAUCAGUUUCUGAAAAUCUAUGCUUCCAACUACAAGGUCAUGUCUUCUAGUUUUCUAAGAGACCACAAAGUUUGCCCUAUUCAGGGUAUCAGUAAAAUUGUAGCUCACUAAGUUUGUGUUUUUCAUUUUGUAUAGCUCAGUAAGCCUGUGACUAUGUUGUUAGCAGAACUGGAUUUGACAAGAACUAUGUACAAAUUCUCUUGUGUUAGCUUUUACUAGACUUCUUCUCAUAAUCUAUAAAUACCAUGACCGUUAUAAUCCUGAUAGAAUUAUUUUAUCAUGAUCUGUUUCCAAGUUUCCUGUCAAAUGUAGGCUCGGAUGACUUAUACAAGUGGUACAGAUCAUAGAUUCGACUUCACUUGUGAGAUUUCAAUAGUCAGGGAAGGAGAUGCUGGAAGUGGAAUUAUUGAAAAUGCUUGAUUUUGAGCCUCAAACAUUAGAUUUAAGGUUGGAAGUAGGUUUAUUAAAAACACAGAAACCUCGUCAAGUUUUAUGCCCAAACAACAUGUGAACUUCAGCCAAAAGCCCAAAACAUAGACAAUCUUUUUUGUUAGCAAUACGAGCAAGGGGGAUUAGCUUCAUUAUUGAAAAAGUAACAUGCAGAUGAACAUGCAUAUCGAGGUUAUGGAGCUCUCUUUCCAAGUUACCCCUUUUCACCAGUGAGGUAGAAGGGAAUCAUGAACUAGUGGUCUUUCUGUACGAAUGGAAUAGUAGUUAUCUAAUGCUCUUCCUGCAAAAUGUUUGAAAAUCGCAUUAGCUUUUGUAAGUUUCCAGAUGCUAAAGCUUCUCUAAAUGGAUUUUGUUAAACAAUAUAUCAGAUCCAUGAUUUUGGUUAAAUAUCCCCCUGAAAUGAAAUUUUGUCGGUAUGUUUUUUGGUAACUGGUACAGUGGAACUUGUAGCUCUCAAUUUAUUGAUGUAAGUUCAAAGAGGAGAUUUGAUGGAAAGUACAAGGUCAUCUCAUCUGGAUUUUUUAUAUUUCUUGCUGAUGAACAAAGAUAAGGUUGAUCUACUUUCCUGCCUUGGUUCGUUGCUGCAGCUGAGUCUUUACAUCAAGAGAUUUAAGAUCCAAUAGAUAAUCAUCCAGUUCUGAAAACCGGUACAAAUUAAUUUUUUGAUACAAUGAUGAGUAAUAGAUCACAUGUUUGAUUUUGCUUGCAAUAUUUUGGAUCCAUCUGGCUGAGCAAGCUGGACCUGAUGUGUUGUUUAUCCUGUUAUUGGACUUGAUGUCAGCCAUGUCCACAAUUUUUUGAAUAUGGGUGAUUGAAUGAGAUGGCUUAGUUUUAUUUCAAUGUGUCCAUUGCUUAUUUCAAGCGGUUCUGCACGGUGAUUAUGUUGUUAGUGGAAAUGGAUAUGACAAUAACUAUGUUUUUGGAGGAAGUGGAGCUAUUGAAAAUUCUCUGGUUUUGAGUCUGAAACAUUAUAUGUGAUAUUCGAAGUAGAUGUAUUGAAAAUGUACGGAAGCCUUGUCAAGUUUUAUGCUCAAUGAAUCGUUAAUUAUAGCAGACAUAGAGACGUCUUUUUUGUUAGUAACAGAAGGGAGGGGGCAUAGCUUAACUGUCGAGAAAGACCUGUCCAGAUCAAAAUGCAUAUGGAGGUUAUGGAGCUUUCUUUCCUAGACACUCUCUAUGUCCAACGAGGUAGAAGGUUAUCACAACCUAGUGGUAUCACUCUGUACAAACCGAAUAGUAGUAAUCUAAUGCUCUUGAUGCAAAACGUUUGAAAAUCCCAUCAUGUCUAGCUAUUGUAGUUGUGAAGAUGGUAAAGCUUCUCUAGAAGGCUUUUGUUGAAGACUACUGCGUAUUUCUGAUCCAAGAUUUUUUCCCCUGAACAUUCAGUUGACUUUGCUUGCAUGAUUUUGAAUUUAUCUGGCUGCGCAAGUUGGUUCGAUUUCAAGGUGGUGUGCAUUGCUUACACUUCAGGAAGUUCUGCACUAUUAUUUCACCCUGAUCAGUUGCUAUGUUUCGUAUCAAAACCUAGUCAAGGAAGGAGAAGCUUGAAGUGGAGUUAUUGAAAAUACUCUGAUUUUGAGAUUUAAACAUUAGAUGUGAUGCUACAAGUAGAUCUGUUGAAAAUAUCUAGAAACCUUUGCAAGUUUUAUGCCCAAAAAAUAGGUGAACUACAGCGAAGAGCUGAAGACAUAGAGAUGUCUAUUUUGUCAGCAACAGAAGCAAGGGGGAUUAGUUUCAUUGUCAAGAAAGAUACAUCCAGAUCAACUUGCAUGUGAAGGUCAUGGGGCUUUUCUUUCCAUGAUUUGACAGGCGUGGUAUAAGGUAAUCGUGAAUUAGUGCUCUCACCCCCCUUACAGACAGAAUAGUAGUAAUUUGAUGCUCUUCAUACAAAAUGUUUGAAAUUCCCACCACGGAAUAAUAGUACUUGUCCGAAUGCCAAUGCUUCUUUCGAUGCCUUUUGCUUAACAAGAUAUCAGAUCCAAGAUUUUGUGGAUAUGUUGUUCUGUUGCUGUAACUUGUCAUUCUAGAUUUGUUGAUGUAACCUCCGGCAGGGUGACAAGUACAAGGUCCUCGGCCUCCAUCUGGGUUUUGUAUUUAUUGAUGAAGAAUAAAGAUAAGGUUGAUCUAUAUCAAUUGCUUACUUGUGUAACAUCUCCCAAUCGAACAUCUAAACAUCAUUUUUAUUGUGGUGGGAGUGUUAUGCAU